UCAUUAGCACCGGAAAUAAACACAAAAUGUAAACAUAACAUGCGAGUUGAAACAAGACAAGGCAUUAUUUUAGCUUAAAACGUUUCCCUGGGGACGAAUAUCACAAAGGUAUCUGUACAGAAGUUGAAAACAGUCAAACAAAACAGAAGAAAAUGUUUACUGAUGAUGAAUUUGCUGUCCUAAUGAAAGAAUUGGACCAACCUCAGAUUGAUGGAUGGGAAUUCUUUACUGAAAGUCACGGAAUUUCAAUUUAUAGGCUAUACAAUGAAGUAUCUGGUUUGUACGAAUAUAAGAUAUAUGGAACAUUAUCAGAUGUACUUCCAGAUUGCUCAGCUGAUGUUUAUAUGGAUUUAGAAUACAGGAAAGUCUGGGAUUCCUAUGCAAAAGAAUUAUACGAAAGAGAAGAAAAUGGAAAGAAAGUUAUUUAUUGGAAUGUGAAUUAUCCAUGGCCAAUGUCUAAUAGAGAUUAUGUAUACAAACGUGAGAUGAGAGAGUUAGAACAUAAUGGAAACAAAGUUUGGAUAGUAAUGGCAGAAAGUACAGAAUGUUCAUCUAUACCAGAGAAAAGUGGUGUCAUUAGAGUAGAUGAUUAUAAACAAAGCUGUGUUCUUACAACGGAUGGAAAACAAGGAUCAAAAGCUUUUAUGAGAUACUAUGACAACCCAAAAGGAAUGAUUCCAACAUGGCUGAUAAAUUGGGGAGCUAAGACUGGUGUGCCAUCCUUUUUGACAAUGAUGCAAGAAGCAUGUAGAGGAUAUCCCAAAUACCUAGAAUCAAGGAAAAGCUGAUGUAAAGCAUGAAUAGAUAUAGGAAGAUAGGAAGAUGGGCUAUUUUCAAAUUCUGUGUUGAUAUUUUGUGUUCAUUCCAGUACUGAUAAAAAGGAUAAAUGACAUUUUAUAUGUACAAUUGUUACAUUUGACACAACCCAUUGAAUGCAUUUAAUCGACCUUUCAAGCACUUUUUAUGUUGUGGGUUUAUCAUUUUUGAUAAAAAUGACAAAACCAUAUCCUAUUGAACAUGGAAUAAAUGAUAAUACUGAAAAGACAUUCUGAAACCAUAAUUUCUUAGUAUUUAAAAUUUAUGUGAAUAGAAAAAAAUCCCAGCCUUUAAUCUCAUGACUGGAUUAUCAGACUGAUCAAAUAAAAACAUCACAUCUUUUUAAACAGCAUCAGAUUUUCAAGUUAAGUCAUAUCAAAUUUCAAUUAAGAACAUUAUUAUGACCAAACAUGUUUAAAAUAUAUCACACUGUUUCAAUAUCAAGAUAUAACACCAGACUUACACAAUAGAUAUUGAUGUCUAUUUAUUAUUUGUACUUUUAGAUUUCUGUCUUUUUGAUGAAUUCCUCAGGUUUGGUUUUGUUCAUAUAGAUUCUUAGUAUUUAUUAUUGUCUGAAAACCUUGAUCUUUCACUAAUACAAAAUCUUUAUGAUGAUGUGUGCAAUAUUGUACUAAAUAUAUGUAUUUAAAUUUUUAAUAUAUUUGCAGUUUGAAAUAUAGUAUUAUAAACUUUA